GAGACUUCCCACAUGUGUUGCAUUCUUCGUGGAGCACUUCAGAGUCUCUGGCGCAUCUGGAGCAGCUUAACUUUAAAAUAGACAAGGGAAGAAGUUCACUGCUUACAAACACUUCUCCUUCACAUACGCAUAGUUCAGGUCUGCUGAGCCGGCCAUCUGGAGAUCCUGUUUGUUUGUUAGCAGCAAGUCGUAACUAACCUUUAAACGUUUAUAUUGUGCAUCUUUGGGAGAGCAUAUCUCUGUGUUAAAGGGGUUGGCUGACCACUCUGGACAACCUCUUCCUGAGAACACAGACAGGAAGUCAAGACCAAGAGCAGAACGCAGAAAAAAGAGAAAAUUUCUAUCAAGGUUUUUUUUUUUUUAAUUAAUGUUAGGGUGAAAAGAUAUGUAAAUAAAAAGGAAACUGAAGAAGGAGAUGAUGGACGAGUUCAGGACGCCUGUAUAAGAGGUAAAGGGAAACAUGAAGUAAGGGGAAAAAAAAAAGAGUUGUGGGGUAAAAGACACAACGAUGAAGAAAACAGCUGUUGUGCUGAAGGACUCCAAAGCAUCGAGUAGGUUGGUCAUCAGGUCCCUCUAAAAUCACUCAACCAAAGAUUAAUUAUUGAUCCGUUUUUAAAUAUGCACCAUGCUGUCCUCGGCUCCCACCACAUCGCCUACCGCCAUCCCCAAAACUAAAACCAAGCCUCUUUUGGUUUCCGAAUGUUCUUCCUCACCCACAUCUACAACACCGGUCCAGUUGGUUGAAAUUUCGGAUAACCCCACUCCAAUAAAUUUACACAAAUCCACCUCCCCUCCUCUACCUCUCUCGCCUCCUUACUCAACUCGCAAACCCCAAAGUUCUCUGCCACCUCUCAACUCCAAACCUACUGUCCCUCCUGUACACAAAACAAAGGCUUCUAAGCCAACAUGCCCACCUCUCCCAGCCCAGCAGCCAUCAGCAUUUCCCAAAGCGUCCUCUACGUCAAUGUCCAAAGCCCCUCCACGGCCUACCUCUAAACCCUUAUCACCACGUCUUCAGAGACCCCCACCGCCACUCACUUCAAAAACACCUGCUGUACCAUCUCCACCUGUCCAAACACAGAAAUCAGCCCGUCCCAGCAUUAGCAUUUUGGAAAAGCUGAUCAAGACAUGUCCAGUGUGGCUACAGCUUGGAAUGUCCAAGGAAAAAGCUACUCAAAUACUCAACAAAGAGCCACCAGGGGGAUUUUUAGUAAGGAGGGAUCGUGGCCAGCUGUUAAUGGUGGUGUCAGUUCGUCUUCCAGACCAGCAGGGAGUUUCCCAGAUUCAGGACUUGCAUGUGAAAGAAGAGAAGUCAAUGCUGUAUCUUGAAGGCUCUGCCCUGGUCUUUGACAACAUAUUUAAACUCAUUGCGUUCUAUUGUGUUAGCCGGGACAUCCUCUCCUUUACCUUGAAAUUACCGCAGGCCAUCAUCCAGGCAAUUAAAUACGAAGACAUGGAGGUGAUCUCCACACUAGGAGUAGAAUUCUGGGGCUCAGAGCUAAAUGGCCAGUUUCGGGAAGAUUCCAGAAAAUCUGCAGACUGCAGUAUCUCUGGAGAGAUGAAGCUUUCUUCUGUAAGUAACCAUCUUUGGUACAUCAACCCCAUCUUCAUUGAGGAAUACUACAACAGCUUGCCUCCCAACUCUCCUACACCAAUCCUGAGGUCCCAAAGUCUCAACGUGUCUGUACAGGCUGUGCCGAAAUUCAAAAGACCACCCCCUCCACUACCUCCUCGUCCACUGACAAUUUCCGAAGACACACCGAUGCAAGUGUCAACUAAGGCGGCUAAAGAGAAGCUUACGUCAGAGGAGUCUUCAGUUCUCUUGCUGCAUUCUUCUCUGGGUGUAAAACAAAAAGAGGAAGGAAGUAAUUGUGGGUAUAAAAAGCCAGAGGAAACUAUAUUAGCCAGUACUGAGGCAGAAUCAUUGAACAAACAAGAACCCGUUUUGAGUGAAGCAACAAAACAGAGUAGUGGCGCCCCUCCGAAGAUUCCCCCAGUCCCACUUCGACGCCGGAUUUCUGAGGGCCAAUCUUCAGGAGAAGAAGUUCAACCGGAACCUUUAAAGGAAAAUGUUUGUCCAUCUGUAGCAGCAGAAACCAAUGAGGAUCCAAGUGCUGCCGUGUCUCUUAUUUGCCUUGAUGAUUGUAGCAUCGAUCAAUGGGUAAGUGGACUGUCCGGAAACUCCACAACACACAAAGAGCAGGGUGAUCAAUCAAAAAUUUCAAAUGGAGAUUCUGCUGUGAAUAUGCUUCCGGUAAUUGACAUAAAGAAGCCUUGUGCUCCAGUGCCACCUCCUAGGAAGAAACGAGCAUCUCAAACCAUUAUCACCAUAUCCAAAGAUGCCAGUAAUACCUCUGAAGGUGGUCCUCAAGAACUCAGCCACACAGCACCACAGCCCACGUCAGCACUCCAGACCCUUCAUGUCAAUGCAGACCACCACAAAGUUGCAGAUGUCUCAUUAUUUGCCCCUGAAGGAGGUGCUCCUCAGGUGGAUCAUGACUCCUACUCCACGAGCAGCACAGAGGAAGAGGCAGAUCCUACCCCAAUGGGUGGUUUAAUGAAGAGGACUUCCACUGUUAUGCUAGACCGUGCUAAGCAGCGGCUCUCCAUGGUGAACUUCUCCACCGUCUUCACAAGCUUUAUGAGCACUGACCGCAAACUUCAGAAGCGGAUAGUGGAGCUUGCUAGAGAUGGGAGCACAUACUUUGGUAACCUGGUACAGGACUAUCGAGCCUUUACUCUGGACACUAUGAGGAGGCAUUCCUCAAGUACAGAGAUGCUCCAAGAGAUCAGACAAAUGAUGACGCAGCUCAAGAGCUAUCUGAUACAAAGCACAGAGCUGCAGAACCUGCAAGAGCCAAAUGCUUAUUCUGAGGAGAACUUGGAGAUUAUCAUUGAGGCGUCACUUUAUAAGAGUGUCCUGAAGCCCUUAAGAGAGGCGAUAUAUAAUGGGCUGAAGGACAUCCACUCCCAUGCAGGCAAUCUCAAAAAGCUCAAGGAGAACCAGCAGAUAGUGCUUGGCACCACCACCACUGAUUUGGGUGUGACCACCUGUGUUCCUGACUCACCUGUCAUGGAGAAGAUCCAGGGGAAGUUGGGAAACCUGCAUCAGGAAUACUCACCUCAGAAGAAAAUCGAUCUGCUCCUCAAGACAUGCAAGAUCAUAUAUGAGUCCAUGUCUGUGGGCUGCCCAGGAAAGCCACAUGGUGCAGACGACUUCCUGCCUGUACUGAUGUAUGUACUGGCUCGGUGCAACAUGGCUGCACUGCUGCUGGAUGUAGAAUAUAUGAUGGAACUGAUGGACCCUGCACUACAGCUUGGAGAAGGCUCGUACUAUCUUACCACAACAUAUGGAGCUCUGGAGCAUAUCAAAAACUAUGAUAAGCAGGCAGCUUCCAGGCAGCUGAGUUUGGAAAUUCAGGAUUCUAUUCACCGCUGGGAGCGUCGCCGAACUCUUAAUAAGGCCCGUGCCUCACAAACAUUAAUACAGGAUUUCAUCACGGUCUCUUUCCUCGAGGCAUGUUCUAACACCAAAACUCUGGGUGUGGAUCCCAACACCACAGCCCGAGACCUGAGCGCCCAGUGUGCAGUAAAGUUUGAUGUGCAUGACCCUGACACCUACUGUCUGAGCGUGCUAGUGGACGGCCAUUACCAACACCUGAGUCCUGAGGAGUUUCCCCUCUCAAUCAAAUCAAGCCUGCACCGCAGUGAGCCUCGCAAAGAAUAUCACUUCGUGUACCAUCACGGCCUCUGGCCAGGACAGGCCUCCGAACCUGACCAGGAAAUAAAUAAUACCCCUGAACUGACACCUGCCCAGGAGGAGAGUUUGAUCUGAAGAAAAAACAAUAUUAAAAAAAGCCAUUAAUUAACUGCUACUUCAUUGAACUUCCAUCUUGGCACCAGGUCUACUCCAAAAUUGCACUUUGACCUAUGGCAGCAUUGUUUUAGAUUAAUCAUUCUUAGUGCUAAAAUAGCCUAUAAAUGUCAGGGAGUACAAGACAGACUGUCAUUAUUGUUUAGGAAAUCAAGCGAAAUCGGAGUAAUGACUUGACAGCUGAGCAGUAUUGCUAGAACACACACACACACACACACACACACACACACACACACACACACACACACACACACACAAAACCAACUGGAUAUUGGUUUGAUUACAUGAGCAGGAAUUCUCCAAGAUCCAAAAACAGAUACUGACAAAAAAACCUUGCCUUAAUAGGUAUUGUUUUAAGCAUUCCUUUUUUUUUUUUUUACAUAUGUGUGUGUGUAUAUAUGGGUGUAUGUAAAUAUACAUACACCUGCACAUCAGAGCUCAUGUCUUUUUUAAAUUUAUUUUCCUUUAUUUGCAUGACAGUGUUACCUGGGACUUUAUAAAUUUUUGCUAUUGCUACUUAGUAUCCGUUUUAGUACCUAUAAUCUCUUUUUCCUGAAUACAGGAUCAUAUUUCUAGUUAUAAAAUCAAUAAGCACAUGAAUACGACUGAAGUCACAAACAUUUCUGUACAUGAUUUAUUGUUUUAUUAAGUGCGAUUUGAAUAUGCAUUGACAAAAGGUUUUUUUUUUCAUCUAAACACAAUUAAAGUACUUUACUGUUGACAUCA